AUGACAACUGGGUUGGAAGAUGGUGGGAAAGAGUUUGUCCGUAGGCGGAUAGAUUACUGGCGUCGGGUGGCCGAAUGCGAUGGUUUCGAUAUGGAGGGUGUAAUAAUACCAAGAGGAAUCGCUGGACUGUCGUACGUCAACUGUAAACACCGACAUUUUAGGCUUAGGAAUAGUUUACCCAAGAUUUAUGCUAUGGCUGGGCUUCAUCGCUACAAUAUGCUCAAGGGGACAAAUUUCCAGCACUUUGACUUACUUCAAUUCAGCAAGUCAGGGGACUUUGUGCGGUCUUAUUUCAUUACUUCGGUUGCAAUAGAUCCUUGUAGCCAACUGCAGAAAACCUUUCAGGUUCGACUUGAUGAAAAGACCUAUGGAAAUCUGGAUUUGACAAUCUCUAUUGCCAGACCUACAGAUGAAGAGAAAGUGACCAUGAAGAAGCCUUUCAUAGCUCACUUUCAUGUUGAAGCAGUGGCCGAUGCUUUCUACAAAGGUGCAUUGCCAGAUUGGCCAUCAGCUGAUGAGCUGAAUAAUCGAAAACGUUUUUACCUGGUGACUGAAUCAGACUUGCUAGCCAAUGACUGGAUUCGCUUGUAUCUGGAACUUACCCUCUGUGUACGACAUAAGGGGACUUCAGAGGUUUUUGUUGGUUUUUGUUGUUGUUGCAUACAGAGAGAUCUGUCCAAAUUGCAGAUUCUGACAGUGGCUAUAGAAACUAAGGAAGAUGUGCAGCCGCCUAAUGCGCGACUCAAGGCCAAAAGUGCCAUUGUCUACAUCACGUUUAAGGGGUUGGCCGAGGCUGAGAUUGGUGAUGAGAUUGGCGAACAUGUUGAACGCAAAGCUAUUGUUAGAAGAGUCCUGGAUGAGUGCUCAGGAUACUUGACUCUCCGCGGUGGGUUUUCGAAUGGAGAAAAGCCUCUGCAUACUGCUGAGCAAACUGUGACUCUACCGAGUGGAGAAGAUCAAAAUUUGGAGAAUGAGUGCAAGCGACCUCGCUUAGACUAACUAAGUUACACUAGAUAAUAAACGUUUCUGUGUGGUUGUUUAAGUUAAAUUCAUGAACAUACUAUGUGACUAUGCGUAGGGAUAUGUUCUAUUUGGUUCUUACUUCUCUAAGAAUAUCUAAGGACUUGCAAGUUGUGCAUCUAGGGACAUUGUGAAAGCCAUGGUUCUGUAUUUGAGAAACAUAGAAGAACACAAAGAGAUUGAUAAGACAAACACACAAGGAUUUUGAGUUUGAGUUUUUAAACA